AUGGGCCAACUACCUCUUUGUCGGAUCACUCCAUCGCGCCCGUUCACACACUCUGGUGUGGACUACGCAGGACCGCUCACGCUGAAGACUUGGAAAGGCAGAGGAGCCAAGACGCCGAAAGGGUGGAUUGGUGUAUUCGUCUGCUUCGCAACAUCAGCUGUACACUUGGAAGUUGUCACCGUCUACUCAGCCGACGCGUUCAUCGCAGCCUAUCGCAGAUUCGCAGCAAGGAGAGGAGCUGCAGCCUCUCUCUACUCAGAUUGCGGCACCAACUUCCAAGGAGCGGACGCGCAGUUAAAAAAGCAGUUCAGGGACAGCACACGCGAAAAUCAAGACAUCGCAGCUCUACUCGCCAAGGAUGGUACGCAGUGGAACUUCAACCCUUCUGCCGUUCCACACAUGGGUGGAGAAUGGGAGGCAGUGGUCAAGUCUCUCAAAUUCCAUCUGAAGAGGACGAUUGGAGAUGCUUUAUUGACGUUCGAGGAAUCAAUAACAUUGCUCGCGCAGAUCGAAGCCAUCCUCAAUUCAAGACCGGUGGAACCACUCAGCGAUGAUCCAGACGACAUAUCAGCCCUCUCACCAUGA